AUGGAGAGCUUCUUCGGACUGGAAUGGAAUGAGGCUGCCCAUCUGUUUCCUUAUGGGUUUGGUCAAUAUGUCGAUGGACUAUUCAGUCAAUCUAACUUGGGAAUUGUCACAAAGCUUGGCAUGUGGCUUAUGCCAAACCCGGGUGGAUAUCAAUCCUACUUGAUGACAUUUCCCAAAGAUGACGAUUUGAAGGAGGCAGUCAACAGAAUUGAGCCCCUGCGCUUGAAUGGUCCCGAGCGGGUUCGAAGUGCGCUCUGGGAAACCACCAAAGAGGCAUUCUCGGUUAUUCCAGGCGUCAAGUUCUAUCUUCCAGAGGAUAGCCCCGAAAAUUCAGUCCUUCGUGUCCGCGACAAGACGAUGCAAGGCAUUCCAACAUAUGACGAACUCAAAUGGACUGACUGGCUCCCCAAUGGCGCCGAUUUAUUCUUCUCGCCUAUCGCAAAGGUGGCCGGGGAGGAUGCGAUGUUGCAAUAUAAAUUAACCCAAAGAAGAUGUCGAGAGGCUGGCUCGGACUUCAUUGGCAUAUAUACCGUCGGCAUGAGAGAGGUGCAUCACAUUUUCCGCAUUAUGUUCAACAAAGAAGAUAAAUCUCAGAAGACAAAGGUCCAGUGGCUCAUCCGGACGCUUAUUUGUGCCGUCAACGGAUGGGGCGAGUAUCGAACUCAUCUGGCCGUCAUGGAUCAGAUCAUGGGAACAUACAACUGGAACAACGGCAGUUUCCUCGAGUUUAAUGAGAUCCUCAAGAACGCGGUAGAUCCAAAUGGGAUCAUUGCCCCUAGAAAGUCAGGCAUUUGGCCCAAAAGCUAUAGUCAAAUUGCCUGGAAGCUAUGA